GUUUGAAACAACCAGAAAGUACUUUAUAGUGAAAAUAAAACACGGAAAUCCUUGAAUGAAAGGAUAUGCCUCGAGGAAAUGGUUAUUAUUCCUCAAGGGAAACGAAGUAGGAAAUAGAUAUCGGCAUUAAUGGAAUAUUAAUUGAUCUCCCGUUGACCUUAACAGUAGUUCCUAUAUUUCUGUCAGUAUAUCUUUUUUGGUCUGAAAAUAACUAGAAAUAUAUGAGAUAUUUAAGGAAGCAUGCAUAAUGUCAGAGGUAAAACUAAAUUUGAAGCAAAGACAAGGGUUGUACAAAACAGGAAGGCGUGUCGCCUGCUCACAUCUGCUUAGUCAGUGUUCCCAAUUCCAUAUCCCAACAUACGGAAGACCCAAAACAACAUGGCAAAGGACUGUGGAAAGGGAGAGAGGCGAGGCGGGGUGGAGGAACUGGGACGAGGUGCGGUCAAAAGCAGCAGACAGGGAAAAGUGGAAAAGCACUGUGAAGGCCCUAUGUGCCACACGGCACGAGGAGGACAGAUCGUCAUUCUUCUGUCUUCAAUUUUGGAUAAAACACUUUAACAAAGGUGUGUCUGACAAGACCUCUUUAAAAGAUUGCAGAAUGAAGAGACAUCGUGUGCAAGGGGUGGGUAGAAGAUUGCAGAAUGAAGAGACAUCGUAUGCAAGGGGGUGGGUAGAAGAUUACAGAAUGAAGAGACAUCGUGUAUAAGGGGGUGGGUAAAAGAUUGCAGAAUGAAGAGACAUCAUGUGCAAGGGGAUGAAUAGAAGAUUACAGAAUGAAGAGACAUCGUGUAUAAGGGGGUGGGUAGAAGAUUACAGAAUGAAGAGACAUCAUAUGCAAGGGGGUGGGUAGAAGAUUACA